UAGAAUUACAUUAUUUAAUUUGUGUUAUCGAAGCAAUGUCCAGCCGAAUACUCUUCACGAGGAUAAGUGAUGCUGCAGAGGACGAUGGGAACGGAAUGGGAUUAGGCCAGACACAUCUCGGGCAUCGCUAACUGCGCAGAUUGAAAGAGAAGAUGUCGGAGAAGUGUGGCCGGUUGUCAACCGAUGUCAUGUAGUUACACCGUCCAACUAUGUCUCUUGGCUAUCACAUCGACUCCGUGAUGCUCAGCGAGACAGCCACCAACGAGACGUUCGCAGAAGCCAUUGUUAUUCUCUUCAUUUGUGUCGUGGUCAUUGUUCUAAAUAUCCUGGUGAUUGGUACCCUGAUCACGUCCAGAUCGGUUAAAGAAGCCAUGGAUUUUUACAUCUUGUCUCUAGCAGUUGCUGACUUGCUGUGCGGAGUCUUAGUCAUACCUCUCUCAGCUUAUCCUGCCAUUACACGUAAGUGGAUGUAUGGUGACUUCUUAUGCAGAAUAACCGGUUACGUCGAGAUAACUUUAUGGUGCGUCACAGUAUACACAUUCAUAUGGAUUGCCGUCGAUCGUUAUCUGGCCGUCAAGAAACCUCUGAGGUACGAUACCAUUCAGACUAGAACACGAUGCCAAUGUUGGAUGGUUUUCACUUGGAUAACAUCCAUGUUCCUCUGUUGUCCUCCACUUCUUGGCUUCUCUAAAGGCAAGUUCUACGAGGACGGUUACAUCUGUAUGCUGGAUCUUGGCAACACUUUACCGUACAGCAUAACACUGUCGGGAUUAGUUUUAAUACCAAGCAUAUUUACAGUUAUUUAUACGUACGUGUAUAUUUUCUCCACUAUGUACAAAGUGAAACAAUGCUCCAACAAGGACGACAAGGAUUAUAACACCGUGCUCAGCGAAAACUUGUCAAAUCCCGAACACUUGAUGGCAUUCGUUUUGAUUCUGUUCUUUUGGCUCUCGUGGUUGCCGUGGUUUUCGCUUCACAUCUACGAACAGAUUAACGGACGAAUGAAGGAAGGACAUCCUCUACAUUUUUGGCUUCUGUGGUUAGGAAUCGCCGACUGUUUCUGGAAGCCGAUCGUCUAUUUUGUCAUGAGUCCAAAAAUGAGAUUAGGUCUUAAAGUUUUUUGUAUGUCCAUGUGUUGCAGGUCGAAAGCAAGGCAGCAAUUAGUUGUCUAAGCCAAAUUUCCACGUCAUGGGUGGGAACGACGUGUAAAUUAUCAAAUUAUCUUCUUUUUUUCAUGUCAAAUUGCGUGAAAAUCAGCAACUGAUCUCGCUUAAUCGAAUCCAUUUCCUUCUUCCACGAUUUCAUUUAUUAUUUUGGCGGUGUUUCCGGUAGAAAUUCAUUUAGAAAACGUAAUUUAUGAUUUCUCAUUUGCCGAAGCCAGAACAAAACAAUCCCUCUCGAAACUUCUAAAGUUUAUUAUUCGAAAAACCAUAAAGGAAAACAAAAAUAUAUAUAUAAUAAACAAAAAUGACAAUCAAUUUAUCUGUAUUACGUUCCUCAAGUGGUUAACAUAAAAAAAAAAUUCUUAAAUUUUCGUAUUGAAUAUCGUUGGUUAAUGGAAUAAUUUCUGUAAUUUGAGAUUUGUUUCACGAAAGUAAACGUUAAAGCAUGUGGUCUAACGAUUUCUCCUCCACUUUUUUGUUGAAAUAAACGAUCAGAGAUGAUCCAAUUUAUUAAAUCAUUUAUCAUAAGAAAAUCUUGGCCAUGUAGCAACUCGACUUGUAUCAUUAAUCUAAACAGGUUUUUGGUUUCUACCCACUCUAGUAAAAAAAAAAAAAAAAAACACAGGAAAUCUUAAUUUCUCCGUUGCUCAUCACAUUUAUAUAACA